GUGAGAACAGGCAUUCGCAUGGCACUGUUUUAGCCGGCAUUGCAAGAUAAUUACGUGCCAGAUGUGCUAAAGCUUCAUAUGUCCCUUCAUCUUCAGUCACCAUUCCAGAGGCCAUGCGUCCAUGCUGAUGACAGGUUCUGCUCGAUAACGAUUCAAAGCAGUGCAGACUGACGCAUGUUCACUUUCAUCAUCUUGAGUCUGAUGCCACCAGCAGAAGCCUCAUCAGCAUGGAAGCAUGUCCUGUGGAAUGGUGGCCGAAGGAUGAAGGGGCAUAUGAAUGUUUAUCAUAUUUGGCACAUAAAUACCUUGCAAUACCGGCUACAAAAGUGCCAUGCCAAAUACCUGUUCUCACUUUCAGACUGAUUACUGGCUAGACUUCAUGAAUAGAAGGUCCUGGGACUGUUAGACUCCCCAGCCCCCGCCCUUUCCACCAUGGACCAGGAUUAUGAGAGACGUCUCCUGCGCCAGAUCAACAUCCAGAAUGAAAACACAAUGCCUUGUGUAGUUGAGAUGAGACGAACACUGACACCUUCCAACUCUCCAAUGUCCUCCCCCAGUAAACAUGGAGACCGUUUCAUUCCCUCAAGAGCUGGGGCCAACUGGAGCAUUAACUUCCACAGAAUAAAUGAAAACGAAAAGUCACCAAGUCAAAACAGAAAAGCAAAGGAUGCUACCUCAGACAAUGGCAAAGAUGGCCUUGCUUACUCAGCCUUGCUAAAGAACGAACUGCUGGGAGCAGGGAUUGAGAAAGUGCAGGACCCGCAGACCGAGGACAGGAGACUGCAGCCAUCCACGCCAGAGAAGAAGAGCCUCUUCACGUACUCGCUCAGCACCAAACGCUCCAGUCCAGAUGAUGGCAAUGAGGUCUCCCCAUAUUCCCUGUCACCUGUCAGCAACAAAAGUCAGAAAUUGCUAAGAUCACCUCGAAAACCAACAAGAAAAAUCUCCAAGAUUCCUUUCAAAGUGCUGGAUGCUCCCGAGCUGCAGGAUGACUUCUACCUGAACCUAGUGGACUGGUCUUCUCUCAAUGUUCUCAGUGUUGGCCUCGGUACCUGUGUUUACCUAUGGAGUGCUUGUACUAGCCAGGUGACCCGGUUGUGUGAUCUGUCUGUGGAAGGCGAUUCUGUGACAUCAGUGGGCUGGUCAGAACGGGGGAACCUGGUAGCAGUUGGAACUCACAAGGGCUUUGUACAGAUCUGGGACGCAGCUGCAGGGAAGAAAUUAUCCAUGCUUGAGGGUCACACAGCCAGAGUGGGUGCUUUGGCAUGGAAUGCAGACCAGCUUUCUUCCGGCAGUCGGGACAGAAUGAUCCUUCAGAGAGACAUCCGGACCCCCCCACUACAGUCUGAGCGACGGCUUCAGGGCCACAGGCAGGAGGUGUGUGGGCUGAAGUGGUCCACAGACCACCAACUCCUAGCGUCGGGUGGCAAUGAUAACAAGCUCCUUGUGUGGAAUCACUCCAGCUUGAGUCCUGUCCAGCAAUAUACAGAGCACCUAGCAGCAGUGAAAGCUAUUGCGUGGUCUCCACAUCAGCAUGGUCUGUUGGCCUCGGGUGGUGGGACAGCUGACCGCUGCAUUCGGUUCUGGAACACUCUAACCGGGCAGCCCUUGCAGUGCAUUGAUACUGGGUCACAAGUGUGCAAUCUGGCUUGGUCUAAACAUGCCAAUGAACUAGUGAGUACCCAUGGAUACUCGCAGAACCAGAUUCUCGUCUGGAAAUAUCCCUCAUUAACCCAAGUAGCAAAACUAACAGGGCAUUCGUACAGAGUCUUAUACCUGGCAAUGUCUCCUGAUGGGGAGGCCAUAGUUACAGGAGCAGGAGAUGAAACCCUGAGGUUCUGGAAUGUCUUCAGCAAAACCCGCUCAACAAAGGAGUCUGUGUCUGUUCUGAAUCUCUUCACCAGGAUACGGUAAACCCCGUACUUACACACCAGGAGAC